CGCAUGCGUGCUGUGCCGAACGGCAGUACCCUUGGAAGUUUUCCGCUGACUGCGUGAAAGGUGGGGGUGCGGGGGGCGUUAUGGCUGCUGCAAAUUCUUCUCCAGGCGUAUCUCUGCGAGAAGCCACCCAGCGAAAGUUGCGGAGGUUUUCAGAGCUGAGAGGCAAACCUGUGGCAGCUGGAGAGUUCUGGGAUAUUGUUGCAAUAACAGCAGCUGAUGAAAAACAGGAACUUGCUUACAAGCUACAAUUGUCAGAAAAGCUGAAAAAAAAGGAGUUACCUCUUGGAGUUCAAUAUCAUGUUUUUGUUGAUCCUGCUGGAGCUAAAAUUGGAAAUGGAGGAUCAACACUAUGUGCCCUUCGAUGUUUGGAAAAGCUAUAUGGAGAUAAAUGGAAUUCUUUUACCAUCCUAUUAAUUCACUCUGGUGGCUACAGUCAACGCCUUCCAAAUGCGAGUGCUCUGGGGAAAAUUUUCACUGCUUUACCUUUUGGUAACCCCAUUUAUCAGAUGUUAGAAUUAAAACUAGCCAUGUACAUUGAUUUCCCCUCACAUAUGAAUCCUGGGAUUCUUGUUACCUGUGCAGAUGAUAUUGAACUUUAUAGUAUUGGAAAAUCUGAGUUUAUUAGGUUUGACAAGCCUGGCUUUACUGCGUUAGCUCAUCCUUCUAGUUUGACUGUAGGUACCACACACGGAGUAUUUGUCUUAGAACCCUUUAAUUGCUUAGAAUAUAGAGACCUUGAAUACAGGUGUUGCCAUCGUUUUCUUCAUAAGCCCAGCAUAGAAAAGAUGCAUCAGUUAGAUGCUGUGUGUAGACCUGGAAAUGUUUCUCAACAGAACUUUGCUGAGAGUGACACUACCUCUCUUAAAUUAGACCCUGAGUAUGUCUACACAGACAGCCUAUUUUACAUGGAUCAUAAGUCAGCGAAAAAGUUACUUGCUUUUUAUGAAAGCAUAGGCACACUGAACUGUGAAAUAGAUGCCUAUGGAGACUUUCUGCAGGCUUUGGGACCUGGAGCAACUGUGGAGUAUACCAGAAACACAUCACAUGUCACUAAAGAAGAAUCAGAGUUAGUAGAUAUGAGGCAGAGAAUAUUUCACCUUCUUAAAGGAACAUCACUUAAUGUUGUCGUUCUUAAUAACUCCAAAUUUUAUCACAUUGGAACAACUGAAGAAUAUUUGUUUCACUUGACUUCAGAUAGCAGUUUGAAAUCAGAGCUUGGCUUACAGUCCGUAGCUUUUAGCAUCUUGCCAGCAAUUCCGGAAUGCUCUGGUAACACAUCCUGUAUUAUUCAAAGUAUACUGGAUUCAAGAUGUUCUGUGUCACCUGGCUCAGUUGUGGAGUAUUCCAGAUUGGGGCCUAAUGUUUCAGUUGGGGAAAACUGCAUUAUUAGUGGUUCUUAUGUCAUAACAACAGCUGUUGUGCCUGCAUAUUCCUUCAUGUGUUCCUUAAGCUUAAAGAUGAAUGGACACUUAAAGUAUUCAACUAUGGCAUUUGGAGUGCAAGACAAGUUGAAAAAGAAUGUUAAAACAUUGUCAAAUAUAAAGUCACUUCAGUUCUUUGGAGUCUGUUUUCUGUCAUGCUUAGAUAUCUGGAAUCUGAAAGUUACAGAGGAGCUGUUCUCUGGAGACAAGACAUGUUUGAGUUUAUGGAAUGCUCGUAUUUUCCCAGUUUGUUGUUCUUUGAGUGAUUCAGUUACAACAUCCCUAAAGAUGUUACAUGCUGUACAAAACAAGUCAAUGUUCAGCCUGAGUAACUAUACGCUGUUGUCUGUUGAAGAAAUGCUUGUCUACAAAGAUGUAGAAGAUAUGAUAACUUAUAGGGAACAAAUUUUUCUAGAAAUUACUUUGAAUAGAAAACAGUCUGAUUUAGAGACAUCUUAAAUAUUAUUUACUUUGCCUUUCUUGUUUGGGCAGGAUUGCAAAUACAGUUUUCUGUUGACUUUGUUUCAUCAAAGUGAAUUAAUGAAAAUUAUAUUAAUUGCUGUAGCAUAACAAUUAUAACUACCGAUAAACCAUUUUUUUAAUUAAAAAUAAGAUUUCAAGGAUGUAAGUUCAGAAAAGGGACUUCUUGGACAUUUGUCACUAUUUUAAUUUUUUCUUUUAAUAAAGAUGGAUUUAUGGAGCAUCGUUUUGUUCAAAUAAUACUAUAGUAGUUUUAAAAAUAAUUUUCUAAACAUACCUUUAGAUUUUUUCCAUCUUAUUUUAGGCUUUGGUUCCAACAAAGUUUUAAGUGUUUAUUGGCAGUUUUUUCCUCACACUUAGUAGUCCAAUUCUGAUGGACUAAUAAAACUGGCAAACUAUAGGGUUUUCAGAACACUGUAAGAAUAAUGUAGAAAUACUUUUUCAGAAACAAAUUCAUAGUGGAUAAAUUCAGAUUAAAUCAAUGCUUAAAAUAUUGUGAUUAUCUUAAUUGAUAAGAAACAACUGAAAUUAAUGAUGAAAAUCAUUCUCAUUUAUUGAUCAGAAUGAAACAAAAAGGGUACAUAUGUUAUUUUAUCUUUUAUAAUUGGACAUGUGUUUGUAUAUCUUAAAAAUGUGUCUUAAAUUUCCAUCCCUAGUAAAACAUAAAUACAAAACCCAAGUAUCUGUGUGGAGAAGAUGGUAGGAAUAAUUGAGAUUCACUAAAACUCAUUUAAGUUCAUUUUCAGCAUCACUUUCAUCCUCUCUUAUUAAUCCCUUUAACAGAACUGUUAAAUUACCAGAUGGACCAAUAUUACUUUCCAUUUCUUAUUUUCUGUUCGUGCACUGGUGAUGAUGCUGAGAAGCGAUAAAUAGCCAAAAGGUAGACAGCAGGAAGGAGCCAGAAGAAAACAAAGACAGAAAAUACGCAGAUGAUAAACAGCUUCAAGAAAAUAAAAAUUGGCUGGAAUCCCAAGUUAUGUGUUCCUAUUUUGGUAUAAGCACAUAUGUGAAAUGUCUUCAUAUCAAAGUCUAAUGAUUAGAGAAAACUUUUGUCCGAGUUUUGUGUUUUAACAUGAUUAAAUUGAAAUAAGAACUG